CUUCUAUUCUAAUUUCGCUGUCCACUAAUACAAUCACACGUUAGGUCUAAUAGGUCUAUUAAGUAAUAAGGAACAAAGUUUUUUUUUGUUUGUUUGUUAAUUUAAACUCUUGUAAUUACGUAUAAUUAAGUACAGAGCUAAUGAAUUAUUGAAAAGUAAAAAAAAAACGAGAUCAUCAUGAGCACUUUUAUUAUGGUUAUACUUGGCCUGUUAAUGACGACAUGUCACAGUCAAUAUCAGCAGCCAUCUUUGGGAGCAGGCGGUUACGAAGACUAUGAAAAUGGUUACAAAAGACAAGAAGAACCUCGAAAUUAUGAUAAUGUACCCGUACAAAGAGGUGAGAAACAACCAGCAGCAAAACCAACCCCUCCAGUUGCGAUAUUGAAGCAAAUAAAUCGACACAAUGAAGACGGUUCUUACACUUACGGAUUUGAAGGAGCAGAUGGUUCUUUUAAAAUAGAAACCAAGCUUGCAAAUGGUGAAGUAAAGGGUAAAUAUGGUUUCACUGAUGAUACUGGUAAAGUACGAGUAGUUGAAUACGGUGCAAACCAAUAUGGAUUCCAACCAUCUGGAGAAGGAAUAACUGUCGCACCCCCAACUUUAGUUGACGAUUCGACAGACAAAAAUCAGCAGCCACUUGAUUACGAUUACCCUCAAGAACCAGUAAAUCCUAGGCAACAAAUUCCGCGACCGGCACCACCACCACCCCAACCCCCACAACCAAGACCUUUAUCACGUCCUCAGUAUCAUGAAAAUGAAGCUUAUGCUGCGCAACCAAAAGUACCGAUAUUUACUCCAGCUGCUAGUGGACAGUCACAAUUUUCACAGCAAUUUGAUUACGCGGAUCGACCACCCGUUUCUCAGGCACUUAAUCAAGGACCUGUGCAAUUUAACCCAGCUCCUGCGAGAGAAGCUCAACCUAGUCAGACUCGUAAUGUUCAACGAGCGGCACACAAUGCGGGUAUUCUGGACCAAUUAGCUAGAGAAUAUGCACUUCCUCAGAAUGCUGCGACGCCUUUACAUGACAUAAGUUUUGGAUAUUACUAAGUUAGAAAAAAAAUUUUUAAAAGACAACAGGGUAUGAGUGAAAAAAUAUUUUCAUUUCUGACAGAUUGGGGUGAAUCUUACAAAUAAUUUUUAUUAAGUUUUUAAAUAUUUUUAUGAAAUUGUUAACUGGAUUUAGAUGAUUUAAUUAUUUGACGGAAACUUGGGUAAAAUGGACACUAAAUUUAGGGACAAAAAAAUUGUUUAAAAAAAAAAUGUUUGAACAGUUUGUUGAUACGAAUGGGAAAAGUUUUAGUCUAGACUAGGCGGCAAAAAUUUUGAGUAAAAAAACAAAAAUCGCGGGCUAUUGAUCUCAGUCAUUUUUUUCUGUUUUCAAUAAAAUUUUUGAAACAAAAGAAAUUUUAAAUUGACCGCAACUGUCCAGGCUGAAUUUGCCUCAUUUUUUUCUACGGAUUGUCAGCGAGGAUAAAAAAAAACACAAAUUUUUUUGACUGAAAACUGGUAGCUCAUUUUACCCCUGUUCUCUUGUAUAUUUACAAAAAAUAUAAUAUAAUUGUAAGAUUCACUCCAGAUUUGAAUUGACUAUUUAUUGUACUGUGAAAAAAUGACAAAAUAAAUGUAAUUUUAAAAAAUUUAUGACAUUUUUAUCUAAGAAAAUAAAAAAUUAAAAAAAUUAUUUGUUGUGUUAAAAUUGAGCUUUUUACAAAAAUAUAAAAAAAUAAUAUAUUUAAAUAAAAAUAUUUAAUUACGCUUA